AAUCUAAACUUAUAAUAUAUUUUCAUGAAAAGCAGAGAGAGAGAGUUUGGAUGAGGUAGUAUACUACUGGAAGAAGAGAGCAGCAAACAUGGUUCUUCUCUCCUUCUCUCACCUCACGCCUACUCAUCAUUGCUUUCACUCAAAUCCUCUCUUCUUUAGAAACCAGAGCAGGAUUAUGAGUAUGAUGCACCAUAAGAAUGGUGGGUCUGCUUCGGAACCCACUUCUCAAAUUGGCUUUUGGAGACGGGACUUUCUUCUCUUUGGUCUUUCUUCUUCACUUUUCUCAGUUUUCCCAUCUUCAGGUUCUUUUGCAGAAGAGGAUUCGAAGAUGGUUCCGUUUGUUGAUGAAUUAAAUGCUUAUUCGUAUCUCUAUCCAGUGGAAUUGCCUUCCAAGAAACUCCUUUUCAAAUGGGUGGAAUCCAGAAAGCCAGAACGAUACUCAUCUGCAGCACCGCUAUCUCCCGAUGCACGCCUACGGAUUGUGUCUGAGCGUGUUGACUUUAUUGACAAUCUGAUCAUUUCUGUAUCGAUAGGUCCUCCAAAUUUAGGGCUUCUAAAAUCAAAAGACAAAAGUACAUGGGCAGCUAAAGAUGUUGCUGAUUCUGUUUUGUCUGAUAAGUCUGCGCUGCGAGUCACCUCAAGUCAGCGGAUGAGUGAAAGUUCAGUUCUCGAUGCACAUUCUAGUGAAAUUGAUGGUCAGCCUUACUGGUUUUAUGAGUAUCUGGUUCGCAAGUCACCUACAAAAACAGCUCAAGAAUCAAAUAUUUUCCGGCAUUAUGUUGCUUCAACAGCUGAACGAGAUGGUUAUUUGUACUCUCUGAAUGCCUCCACCCUUAACAAGCAGUGGGACAAAAUGGGGCCUCUGUUGCAAAAAACUGUGGAGUCUUUUCGACUUCUUCCCGCAACUGAAGAAUAUGUCCCUCCAUUCAAGGACCCCUGGAGAUUUUGGUGAUAGAGAAUUAGAAGAUCUUAAUAUAUAUAUAUAUAUAUAUUUAUAUAUAUAUAUUUGCCCUCUUGACACCAAUAUGUGAAAUUAAAAGGGUUAAGAAUCUUUGCUGUUUUCUUUGUACGAGUUUGAUGACUUGAAUAAUAUUCUGUAGAGACCUAGUUCUAUUGAAGUUUUUUCCCACCUAACCAACCCAAUUUUGGUGAAAAUUUUCAGCAAUGAAUGAAGGAGACAAGCCUUAUUAAACUAAGAAUUCUAGUUUGUAAACACAUUUGUGAACGGGUGGUGGGUGAUAAAUAGUUGGUAUUUCUCCUUUUGUCCCACAUCGAAAGCAAACAAAUAGUUAAAAGUGGGGAAGGUGUAUAUAACUGGGUUUAGGGGUGUAAAGUAACAUACUUACCUGGACGGGGUCUAUGGGCGAUCAAGAAGGUCCAUGGCCUAGGCUGGUGACCUCCAUUGCACUUAGGAGGGGUGUCAGCUUAUGGUCUCCCCAAGUGGGAGAGCCAACGUCAUAAUUUGUGGUAGUUGGGGCCUGCGUUCGCGCGGCCCCUUU